AUGUCUCUUUUCCAAGUCCCGGGGUGGUCAGUGGCAACUGCACCUGUGCGCGAAGAACCACAAUACACAUCGAAAAAGCGCAAGCGCCCAUCUAACGACACACACAAGCUCGAGGCCGCGGAAGUCAACAUCGAGAAACUCAUAUCUAAGCUGGCGCACCCUCAGCCUGGCGAGAAUCCCACAAAUUCAAAAGGAAAGGCGAAAGCCCAGGAUCCUCGACGCAAAGCAAGACUCGGAAAGAAGCAAAAACUUGGGGUUGGUGCUGCAGAUGCUCCGAAGAAGGCUGAGAGGCCGAGCGCCUCCUCAAGCGAGGUCAAGAUACCACCAUCGUCUCCAACCAAAUCAAAGAAAGAGAAGAAGAUGGCCAAGUCCAAUCCGCCUCCUGCCAUUGAAGUUGCGUCAAAACGCUUGAAACCAAGUUCGCCGCAGCAAGAAGCUACGUCUUCUAGACUAACCGCCUUGCAAAAGGGAAUGAAACAGAGUUUGGAUGGGGCGCGUUUUAGGCUGAUAAACGAAACGCUCUACAAAUCUGACAGCCGCGCAGCGCGUCAGAUGAUGCAAGAGGAUCCCAAAGUGUUUGAAGAGUAUCAUAUGGGCUUUCGGCACCAAGUCCUUUCAUGGCCAACGAAUCCUGUCGAACACUACAUCUCGAUGUUCUCAACUUAUCCUAAGAAAACCAUUAUUGCAGACCUGGGAUGCGGGGAUGCUGCCCUCGCAAGAAAUCUGCUUCCGAAAGGGAUAUCUGUGGUAUCAUUCGACCUAAUUUCGGAUAGCAAGUUCGUCGUUGAAGCCGAUAUAUGCGACAAGAUUCCGUUGCCGGGAUCCGAGCCUGCAGAAGCGGAGAAGUCUGGCGGAGAGGGCCAGAUCGUGGACAUCGUGGUCUGCGCGCUUAGUUUAAUGGGCGUCAAUUGGGUGCAGUGUCUACGAGAAGUAUGGAGAGUGCUGAAAUUAGGCGGCGAGCUCCACAUUGCAGAAGUGACGAGCCGUUUCACGGAUAUCGAGCAAUUCCAAGGCUUGAUUGGCUCAAUUGGUUUCCGUUCGAAGGCCAAGGACGAAUCAAACACCCAUUUCAUUUUAUUCGAGUUUGUCAAGGUAUCUCGUAUGGGUAAAACUGAGAAAGACUGGGCGAAAUUAUUGACCAGGUCCACUUUUCUCCAACCAUGCGAAUACAAGAGACGAUAA